AUGCCUGUACGAGUGAGUGCCAGACGUGAUCCGAAUAAUAAAAACCAAGCAAGUGGAGACUGCAAGAAACACGAAACAAAUCCUCAGGCCUACGCAGAACUGUUCAGUCAUGUCGACAAAGGUGGAAAAACAUUGAAGUUUCCAUACGACCUAUGGGCAGAUGGUUAUCCGAAAAAUAUGUGCGCAGACAAACCAAGAACCACUGUAGCAGUAUGGAAAAAUGGAUACGUCGAUGUUCCUGCUAUGGCACGCCUUCCUGUUAUCUGUGCAUACGGGCAAUACCGAAGAAAAGUUACUGCAAAACCGUCAACGACGACGGCAACUACAACAACGACAACUUCAACAACCACUAUCGCCCAGACGACAACAACCACUACUACACCCACAACUACCACCACCAUUCCAAUCCCCCUAAUAACCACAACUCCAACGACAACUACUGCGACGACUACGAGACCAACUUCAACACUCACCACAACUUCGGAAUCGGAUUCAUCUAAAGCUGUAGUACCAUCUUCAACGACAACUUCGGCUGCGACGACGACGAACUCGACGACCCCUUCAACCACGACGUCCUCUACCCCUCCAUCGACAUCGACAACCACUUCAACCACUACCCCAACGACAACGACUACCACCACAACAACCACACCAACAACUACAACAACUUCCACCACCACCACCACUACCACCACUACCACCAUAUCACGAAUCACUCUUUUGCCACCUGGAACCACUACUACAACAACGACAACAACCACCACGACCCCUCCAUUUAUAUGCGAAGGAAGUUUGGCUUGGUUGUGUGAAGUUGACUGGGAAGAAGAGAGAAAGAAGUAUCCUCCAAAGAUUAAGAAAGAAGAAGAAGAUCCUCCACUCAGCAAACAUGGUUGUUCAAUAGGAGCACAUUAUAACGAAGAAAAAAAGCAUUGCGAAUGUACACCACCUUAUAAGGAUGGCUCAGACGUCUACGUAGAAUAUGAACACCUACCAAAGAUUUUAAGAUUUAUGCGAGAAGUGGUCAAGGCAAUUGAUGGAGUCAGAGUCGGAAUGAUUCUAAUCAAAAAUGUUCCAAAAGUUGACUUACCCAUAGCAAUGUAUCCUAUCGAUAGACUCUUAGGAUUUCUGGAUGCAAACAAGAAGUAUGAUGGUAAAUCAACCAAACUCGGUUACUCGUUACUUCUUGCAAGGCAGGAAUUAGCGAGAGAGACGACCGAUAUAAAAACAGUUGUUGUGCUUUCGGAUGGAGGCGGAGAUACAUGUUGGCAAUACCAAAUUUGUGAUAGUACUGAUGAAUGGAUUCCAUUCAGAACCGAACAACUUGAGCAGGCCGACUUGAUUCGCAAUGAUGGUGUACAAUUCAUAUAUGUGGCAGUGGGAGAAAUGGCUAAUCCCAAGCAUUGGAGAUAUAACAUAACCAGAUUGGACAUUAUAGCUAUCGCUGGAGGAGAAGAAAAUGUUAUUUUUGCUGGCGAAUACAAGGAUUUAGACAUGAGCAUCGUUCAGAGGACAGUAGAUACAAUAUGCACGCCAGUUGAAGAGCUACAGGGAAGAAAUGAUGACUAG